CAAACAACAGGCGAAAGUAUUUUUGAACAGGCGCUGCGGCCGCACCGCGGGGUCCUUCCACGUGAGCGCGCAUCCUUAGCGGCGAGUAGAACAAAAUAUUUUCUAGCUUGCUCUUCGUUUUCAACCUUUACCUGUGAGCUUAUCAGAGUUUCACAUAAGCGGUCGGCAUGGGACGCUCCUCCAAAGACAAGCGCGACAUCUACUAUCGUCUGGCCAAAGAAGAAGGAUGGAGAGCCAGGAGCGCCUUCAAGCUGCUGCAGCUGGACCAGGAGUUCAACCUGUUCACAGGUGUGAGCAGAGCGGUGGAUCUGUGUGCGGCACCGGGCAGCUGGAGUCAGGUCCUCAGCCGUAAACUCAGGGGCGAUGAGGCGGCUAAGAACGUGAAGAUCGUGGCGGUGGACCUGCAGGCCAUGGCUCCUUUACCGGGAGUCACCCAGAUUCAGGGAGACAUCACAAAGGUAUCCACAGCUCAGGAGAUCAUCCGUCACUUUGAGGGCCAACCGGCCGACCUGGUGGUGUGUGAUGGAGCUCCAGAUGUAACGGGGCUGCAUGACGUGGAUGAGUACAUCCAGGCUCAGCUUCUGCUCGCAGCUCUGAACAUCACCAGCCAUGUCCUGAAGCCAGGAGGAACGUUUGUAGCCAAGAUCUUUCGAGGAAAAGACGUGACUCUGCUGUACUCCCAGCUGAAGAUCUUCUUCUGCAGUGUGACCUGUGCCAAACCCCGCAGCAGCAGGAACUCCAGCAUCGAGUCCUUUGUUGUGUGUCAGAGGUACUGCCCCCCCGACGGUUACGUCCCCAAUAUGUCCAACCCCCUCCUGGACCACUGCUACGACGUGGAUUUUAACCAGCUGGACGGUCCAAACCGCUUCAUUGUUCCCUUUCUGGCCUGCGGUGACCUCAGUGCUUUUGACUCUGACAGGACGUACCCCCUACAGCUUGAUGCGGACACAGAGUAUCGUUACACCCAUCCGCCACAGCCUCCCAUAUGCCCUUCUUACCAGCAGGCCUGCCACCUGCGCAAAAACAACCUGCUGUCCAAAGAGGGCGCUGCAGUCAACACCUCCAGCCAGAGUCAAAGCAAGAGACAACUUCCUGCUAAAGACCUCGACUCUGUCAAAGAAACAGAGAAAAGAACUGAAUCAUCUCCAGGUGUUCAGAUCACCGGAUCAUCUUCUGAUCUGAAGGAUUAACAACUGUCACUAACAGCUGAGGACUUUUAUAUCAAAUAGUAAUUUUAACUUGGUCAAUUAAAAUAUUACAGUGUCGAUGAA